AUGGCUGACUCAAGGAAAAAGACUGCCGCUCGAAAAGCCGGAAAGACGAAGGGGUCUGGUCAGAGAUCUCUGCUGGAUCACUUCCAUAUCAAGUCCAACCUCUCCAAGGCCGAUUCAUUCCCGGGAUCUGAAUCCGAACACAAGCAGGAGGUGCAGGACUAUGUAGAGACCAUGACGGUGGCCGAGUUGGUGGACACCACCGAGGGUACGUUAAGCACUAAGCCAAUAGACGUUGAAGCCCUACCAGAACAUGUUGUGUUGGGUGACGAACAGGAACCAGCAUCUCAGCAACCGAGGAGGCUUAGACCAAAAGAGAUCACAAUGACGUCCUCGAUUAGUACGACUAAGUCUCGAGCGAUUUCCAGGGCCACUACACCAGAGGUGCAGGAAAUCGUGGAUGGUAGCUGUCGCGACGUUCCCAUUGUCGUGGAUGCAACCCCCUGGAACGGCUCUGACGCACUUUCCAAGCGUCCCGCUGCUUCCAAGCCCCUCUACUCCAUCUUUGCACCUCGAGCACAUAGUGACUCUCAUCUGUCUGAUCUGGACACAGGUGAGAAGAUACCUCAGCCAGUACAGCGCAAUACCAAGCAUUCACGGGACUCGCCAAAUACCACGGUUCCGUACCCGGACCGAGAUCUUCAACACGUCCGAGGCCCCCAAACCACUUUCCCUACACCUGACAUAUCUCUGCCAACCAGAGCGGUAGGUAGCAGCAGCAGCACACAUCCUGGUCCGUCGCCCGUCCCCACUGAGGUGGAAGACGAACAGAUACCUACCGUGCCAACGUCAUCUUCUGGUUCAGUCGUUGAAUCUGCACUAUCGCUCCCGCUCUCCGCUGUCUCGAAGGACAAUCCAAGUCCUGAUGCACUUUCCUCUCUCCUUACUUCAGAAUCUAUCACUAUCACUGACGGCGGUCAUAUAUCGAAUGACUCUGCAGAGGUAGACUAUCCGGCGAACAACACAGCAAACGACCACAUUUCAAGUACAGCCGACUCAGCAGAGGUCGACUGUACAAUCCAUCAUUUAACAGAGGACCACACCUCAUCGACUUUUGACUCAGCAGAGAGGGCACAGUUUCUCGACGGCCUUCCAACCGAUCAUCGCCGUCAUCCCGCCAUCGCCCGGCUCCUCGAGGUACAGACGCGCGAGCAGGAUAUAGGCGAACCACCUACGAUUGCACAUGAACUUUGGACGGACAAGUGGCGCCCUCGUCAGGCGACAGAGGUACUCGGGAAUGAGGAUCGUGCCGCAUAUCUCCGCGCAUGGCUGCUCGCCCUCAAGCUGCGGAUCGAUUCCAUGGCCCCAUUGAAUAUCGGGACAGGCAGUGCAGACAGCGGGCGUAAGGCGAAGAAAGGCACGAAAUCCAAACUCAAAGCGGCGGGCAAGAGACUUAAAGUCCUGCGACAGGUGGAAAAGCCGAAGAAGCGCCGCAAAUUGGACGCGAAAGACUCGUGGAUCGUGGGGACAGACGAGUCGACCGAAGAGACGACGGAAAGCGAAGACGAAAUCGCGUAUUGUGAGAGGACGCUGCAACGCCUGCAGCGUUCCUACACGGAUACUUCCGUCAAUCAGUCUUCUGAACUUGAUGUUCCUUCCGAUAGCGAGGAUGAUGCUGCUUCGGUGCCUUCCACCUCACAACCUGUCUUCAAGAAGCAAGUGUUCAACACCAUCCUCCUCACGGGCCCUUCUGGCUGCGGCAAGACUGCUGCAGUAUAUGCAUGUGCGGAAGAGCUAGGUUGGGAUGUCUUCGAGGUCUACCCAGGUAUCGGGGAGCGAAGCGGGGCUGCGUUGAAUAGGCUCAUAGGCGAAGUGGGCAAGAAUCACCUCGUCCGGCAGCAGCACCAGCUGAAGGCCACACCGAGCUUCAAUGCGCAACCUGGCCCUUCUCAGGGAAGCCAAAUGAAAGGUCCGGCAGGCAAACGGCGUCUCUUACGAAUUGAUUCGGCAGAGGACCUUGCUGCAGCGCAAUGCCCACCAACUCCCCCAACGCCAAAUGGAGACGCCACUACCAUCGGCCAAUCCAUUAUACUGAUCGAGGAAGUCGAUGUGCUGUACGAGAGCGACGUCAAUUUCUGGCCUACAUUAGUGAACAUCAUCAAAGAAUGUCGACGGCCUGUCGUCUUGACUUGCAAUGAUGUGUCUGUGAUACCCCUCAGAACUCUCCCUUUGCAGACGACACUCGUGUUUGCACCGUGUCCAGAACCUUUGGCGAUGUCCUACUUGAGGUGCCUUUCAUUUGUUGAACACCAUGGCCUGGACAGAUCUUCCAUCUCAUUGCUUUAUCAUGGUGUCGAUGCAUCUGAGACACGAUCGGGUACUCGGAAUCAUGCCCGAUAUCCUGACCUCCGCCGCAGUAUUCAUCGGUUGCAAUUCGGGAACACGGCCGGAGGAACUGGUGACAUCGAAGAGCAUAACCUCGAGAAGCGUGCGCAUCUGCUACCGAGGCCAUUAAUACCCUCGCGGUGUGGCGCACAUGCAAACCAAGAAGAUGUAGAGCAGAACCUAAGUCUCCUUCGCCUGUUGGACAGAUAUAAGGACACUAUGUCCUUCGUGGGUUGUCAUCUGGGUCGAGGGGGACUGGAUACACUCCGGAACCCUAUGACAAUCUCCACGCCUCCGGCAGAUGACGAGCUAGGUUACUUCGUGGCCCAUGAUAAUCUCCCGUUCGAGUCUGCGCUGCAUGUGGACCUGUCUGUCUACCGCAGAGACGAGGUCGUUAUGAAGGAGGUUGUCUCAUAUUCGAACGACCUUUUCGCGUCGUUGUACCCAGCACUCCCACUGGGAGAACAGGAAGAAAUCUCUUCACAAAAUCACGCUUCCUCGGUCAAGGCACUCAUGCGCAAACUUAGAGUUCCCUUGGACACUCUCGCAGACAAUCGAUCCGUAUUUCUCGACUACGAGCCGUGGAUUCGGUAUAUGGUUGCGGUAGACGAUGCCGCGCUGCAGGAGGUUGGCCAGACGCAGAAGGAAAGAGGCCGGACAACAAGGAACAGUCAGAAGUUGACAACUUACCAGCCAUACAUCACCCCGCGUGAUGAGGAUAUCCUACGGACAUUCAGAUUCACGUCCUUUCCUUCGUAG